AGCUUGCGAACUUUAACUCGCAACCAUGGAUAUCUCAGUGCUGUGGCUCUACCUGGUCCUUGUUUCCGGCCUGUUCAUCUUCUUGGUGCCCACUGUAGAGUCCACCUUGCUUCUGUGGGCAUGCUUAUACCGGCUGGAGAUUUGUCCCUUUAAGACCACCACCACUACAUCAGGAUAAUGAAAAUACUAUAUUUAACU